AUGGAGAAGAAUAUGGGAAAGAAUCCCCUUGUUUUUGCGUAUUAUGUCACGGGCCAUGGAUUCGGACAUGCCACUCGCGUUCUUGAGGUAGUUCGUAAUCUCAUCCUAGCUGGCCAUGAGGUUCAUGUGGUUACUGCAGCUCCCGAAUACAUAUUUACCUCUGAGAUACAGUCACCCAAACUCUUCAUUCGGAAGGUUGUAUUGGACUGUGGAGCUAUUCAAGCAGAUGCUUUGACAGUCGACCGUCUUGCGACCUUGGAAAAGUAUGUCAAGGUUGCUGUGGUGCCUCGGGAUUCCAUUUUGGCCUCUGAGGUUGAAUGGCUAAAAUCUGUCAAUGUUAAUUUAGUGGCAUCUGAUGCUGUUCCUGUUGCAUGCCGAGCAGCUGCAGAUGCUGGGAUUCCUGCUGUUUGUGUGACCAACUUCAGUUGGGAUUUCAUAUAUGCAGAGUACAUGAUGGAAGCCGGACAUCAUAGUCAUUCUAUUAUUUGGCAGAUAGCUGAAGAUUAUUCUCAUUGCAACUUUCUAAUUCGUCUCCCAGGACACUGUCCAAUGCCUGCUUUCCGGGAUGCUGUUGAUGUACCUAUGAUUGUGCGGGGAUUACACAAAUCCCGAGCAGAGCUAGCUGAAUGGAAACUACAGAAAGGGUACCUACCUAAUGGAUGGAUAUGCUUGGUAUGUGGGGCAUCGGGAGAACAGGAGCUUCCCGAAAAUUUUAUCAAGCUUCCGAAGGAUGUUUACACACCCGACAUAAUUGCAGCUUCAGACUGCAUGCUUGGUAAAAUUGGGUACGGUACGGCAAGUGAAGCUUUGGCCUACAAGGUGCCUCUCAUCUUUGUACGAAGGGACUAUUUUAACGAAGAACCGUUUGUAAGGAAUAUGCUUGAGUACUUCCAGUGUGGUGUGGAGAUUAUAAGAAGAGAUUUGCUGACUGGACAUUGGGCUCCAUAUAUCGAACGAGCUAUCACCCUUAGACCUUGUUACGAGGCAGCCACUAAUGGCGGUGAGGUGGUAGCUCGUAUACUUGAAGACACAGCUUUAGGCAAACAUCCUACCCCAUCUAAGCCUAGUGGAUCAAGAAGGUUGCGUGAUGCCAUUAUUCUCGGGUAUCAGCUUCAGAGAGUUUCUGGAAAGGAUAUUGAUGUUCCUGAGUGGUACACACAAGCACAAACUGAGCUUAGCUCUCGUGCCCCUUUACCAGACGAGAACAACGAGUGUACUUUCUCUACGAAAGAUAGAACUGAAGAUUUCGAAAUAUUGCAUGGAGAUCAUCACGGUCUUUCGGACACGAUAGGUUUCUUAAAGAGCUUAGCUGAAUUGCAUUCCAUGACUAAUACUGAGGAUAGUAGUAAACAUCGUUCUCGAGAAUGUCUCGCUGCAAACGCAAUGUUUAACUGGCAGGAAGCCAUUAUCGUGACUCGAGCUCCCGGGAGGUUAGAUGUGAUGGGAGGAAUCGCAGAUUAUUCCGGAAGCUUAGUCCUGCAGAUGCCUAUUAGAGAGGCAUGCCAUGUCGCCAUUCAGAGGAGUCAGCCAGAAAAACAGAAAUUAUGGAAACAUGCUCAGGCCAGGCAGCAUAAUCGAGGACAUGGAUCGAUCCCCGUGCUUCAAAUUGUAUCUUUCGGCUCAGAACUGAGUAACCGAGCACCUACAUUCGACAUGGACCUGUUGGAUUUCUUGGAAGAUGGAAAUCCUAUUUCAUACGAAAAGGCAAGGCUAUUCUUUGCUCGGGACCCGUCACAAAAGUGGGCCGCGUACGUUGCUGGUGCGAUUCUGGUAUUGAUGACUGAAUUGGGCAUUCAAUUCCCAGAUAGUAUUAGCAUACUGGUGUCAUCGGGUGUUCCGGAGGGCAAAGGCGUGUCGUCUUCUGCUGCAAUAGAAGUUGCAACCAUGUCUGCCGUGGCUGCUUCUCACGGGUUAGAUAUAUCACCGAGAGAUCUCGCUUUGCUUUGCCAAAAGGUCGAGAAUCACAUAGUCGGUGCACCAUGUGGAGUGAUGGAUCAAAUGGCUUCUGCAUGUGGCGAAUCAAACAAACUCUUAGCCAUGCUUUGUCAGCCUGCUGAAGUAUUGGUCCAUGUGGAAAUCCCUUCUCACAUACGAUUUUGGGGAAUCGACUCCGGCAUACGGCAUAGUGUUGGUGGUGCUGAUUAUGGAUCUGCGAGAAUCGGCACAUUCAUGGGCCGAAAGAUGAUUAAGUCCAUGGCAUCCGAAAAAUCGCGCUCCAAACUGAAUUUUAACAAUUCACAGAAAACUGGAGGGGUCGACAACGUAGAAGAAGAUGAUAACGGCAUGAACUUGCACGAAAACGAGGCUGCAAUGGAUUACCUAUGCAACUUGUCCCCUCACCGUUAUGAAGAAUCUUACGUGCAUCGGCUUCCAGAGUUUCUAACUGGGAACGAUUUCUUGAAGAACUACGGAAAACACGACGAUUUAAUAACGGUAAUUGAUAAGAAGUGCAGCUAUGCUGUGAGAGCACCCACAAGGCAUCCCAUCUACGAAAACUUUAGAGUCAAGGCGUUUAAAGCUUUGUUAUCCUCUGCUCCUUCAGACGAUCAACUAGCUGCACUUGGUGAACUUAUGUAUCAGUCUCACUACAGCUACAGCGCAUGUGGGCUCGGGUCAGACGGGACAGAUAAUUUGGUCGGUUUAGUGCAAGAAAUGCAGCACAGCAAGUCGCCAAAGUCCUUAAACGGGACUUUAUUCGGAGCAAAGAUCACCGGUGGAGGCUCGGGUGGAACGGUUUGUGUGAUCGGUAAAAACCUCUUAAGAAGCAGUGAACAAAUACUUAAAAUCCAACAGAAGUAUAAGGCUACGACUGGGUUCUUGCCGUAUGUGUUUGAGGGAUCCUCACCGGGUGCCGGAAAGUUCGGCUAUCUGAAGAUACUUCUCGGAUCACGUUCGGCCUGA